AUGGCCAAGAAAGCAGAGACGAAAGCUGCUGCGCCCAAGAGGGCAAAGGCGCAGGACAAGACGACGACGAAGAAAAGCACAAAAUCGAAAUCUAAGGUGGCUGGCUUGAGCGAGGAACGGAUUGUCGAUUCGGAGUCUGAAGGAGACACGCCAGCCGUAAAGCUAGAAAUAAACAGCCCCAAGCCAGUGAAGGGGAAGGACAAGAAAGAGAAGAAGUCGGCGACGAUAUCAGCUCCAGCACCUCCUCCGCCGAAAAAAGAGCCUACGCCCAGCAGCAGCGAUGACAGCAGCGAAGAGGAGUCCGCCGACGAAGAUGAGGAGAUGGCUGAUGCGCCAGCGCUCAAGAAGCCAGACACCGUGCCUGUCAAAGUCAAUGGCGUGAAACGAAAGGCGGAAAGCGUGAGUUCGUUGGAGGACGGAGAAUCGAGCGACGACGAGACCAGCGACGACGAUGCGAAGCCUGAUGCGAAGCGCGUGAAGACGGCGCUGAAAGAUGCAGGCGAAGUAGAGCAGGUCGGAGAGGUAGCCUCGAGCGGCGACGAAGAGACGGACAGCGAAAGCGAGAGUCAGAAAGAGGACGAACAAGAACCUUCUGCGGAUACUGCGCCUGCGCCGCGAGCUGCUCAGCACGUGAAUCUCGAAAACAUACCAGUGCAACCUUUCCGGCCGCCCAAUGGCUAUCGGGAUGUGGACGUGACAGAUGUCACAUUCUCUGCGAAAAGCUUCGCGGGUCAGCAGAUAUGGCACAUUGUAGCCCCCAGGAACGUCUCCCUCAAAUCUAUCAGCGACGUGGCUUUGGACGCAAUCAGCUCUGGAGCCACUGUGCUCACUCACAAGGGAACCGAAUACAGCUUGAGCGAAGACACGAGCACGAAGAACCAAUGCUUUAGCGUGGCAGUGCCGAGCAACACGAGCUAUCAUGGGAUCCCACAGCCUAUAUCGCGAACACUAUACCUCAAGCAGAAAGUGACUCUUCCGAACCUCAGCAAAAAGCAAGCAGAUGUGAAUACGGGCAGCAGCGCUGCGGCAGAUGUUGCUCAACCCUCCAUCAGCGAUAUACGACCACAGCCGAAAGGGAUGAGAAUGAGAUACAAGCCUGCUGGAUUUGGCCCUGGCGAUCCUGGCCUUGGCUCCGACAGCGAAGAGGAUGGUGGACCGGCCAAGGCAAACGGCAGCAAAUUGCAGUUUCCAAAGACAAUCGGGGCACAUGGUGCGGCUGUUGAAGCACAGAAUGCGGAUAAACCCCAAACGAAGAAGACGAAGAAGGACAGAGGGGACUCGAAAGGUGAGCUCAGCAAAGAAGAGAAAAAGAAGCUGAAGGGUGAGAAGAAGGCGAGAAAAGAAGCAAAAGCAGCCAAGGCGACAUGA